UCGUUCUUAUUGGUCAGAAAGUGUAAUAGCACAACGGAAUGUGUAAAAAGCUACGACUAAUGCGAUGGUAAAAUUUUUGCAUGCAGGCAACAUUUGAGCAUUUACCUGAUUUUACUACAUUUCACUUUACGUGACCGGCAGAUCAUCGGUAAACUGGCUAGCUAAUACACGUUUAUUACUUGGCCGGACUUUUCGAUUACGGUAGAUGCUACUGUAAGGACUUGGCACGAAACAGGACAAUCGCAAUAUGCAGCAGCAAUCAGUAAUGGAAGAGGGAAUGGACUAUGAGCCACCAACCUACGAUGAAACAUUUCCAGUUCUCCCAGAAUCAGCUUCAAGCAUUGGGAGAUUAAAUAGUUUCUCUUUAAAUAAUAAUAUGCAACUUGGGCGUAUAACAAUUACCCAGAUAUUUCGCGUACCAGGUGAGGAACGUAAAUUUGAUCAUAGUGAUAAAUUUGGAGAACGUGAAUCGAUUCGAACAUGUAAAGCAAUCAUGAAGGAGACAGAUACUAUUAUCGAAAUAGCAACUUCGAAAGAUCAGUCUCUUACAUUCCUAAUCACUGGUAAACAAAGUCAAGUUUUGGAGGCAAAACGACGAAUCUUAACAACAUUUCAAACUCAAGCAAGUAAACAAAUAAAUAUUCUGAAGGAUCAUCAUCGCUGGAUUCUUGGAAAACAAGGGCAAAGGCUUAAAGAUCUUGAAAAAACAACUGCAACAAAAAUUAAUGUACCAGGUGUUCAAGAUCAAUCAGACAUAAUAACAAUUACAGGAACUAAAGAUGGAAUAGAAAAAGCUGAACAUGAAAUCAGAGUUAUUUCUGAUGAACAGUCUAGAAAAGCUUUUGAAAGGAUAACUAUGCCAAAAAUUUAUCAUCCUUUCAUAUAUGGUGCACAUAAUGAAAAUUUAAAUGCAAUGAUGAAUGAAACUGGUGCUCGCAUUAAUAUUCCUCCACCUUCUGUACAAAAUGAUGAAAUAACUAUAGCUGGAGAAAAGGAAGGUGUUUUAUUGGCUAAACAAAAAAUAGAACAUAUUUAUAAAGAUAUGGAGAGAAGAUGUACAACAGUUUCAGUUGAAGUUCCCAAAUCGCAACAUAAAUAUGUUAUUGGACCUCGUGGUAGUACUAUAGCUGAAAUUUUACAAUUAACUGGUGUAAGUGUUGAAAUGCCAGCUCCGGAUUCUGCAACAGGAACGAUUACUCUCAGAGGUCCACAAGAAAAAUUAGGACAAGCACUAGAUAAAGUUUAUGAGAAAGCUAACAGCGUACGAACGGCUGGAGUAGAAGCUCCUGUUUGGCUACACAAGUACAUAAUUGGAAGGAAAGGUGUAAAUAUAAAAAAAGUUACACAAGAAAUGCCUAAAGUAAAUGUAGAAUUUACUGGUAAAGAGGAUAAAAUUAAAAUUGAAGGUCCUCCAGAAGAAGUUGAAAAGGCACAAAAUGAACUUCAACUUAUGGUUAAUGACCUCAUGUCAAAACUUACAUUCACAGAAUUAAAUGUUGAUCCUAGAUUCUAUAAACACAUAAUUGGUAAAAAUGGAUGUAAUGUAAAUCGUGUUAAAGAAGGUACAGGUGUUGUAAUCAACAUUUCUGAAAAUGAUGGUAGUAAUAUAAUUCGUAUUGAAGGCAACGUUGCAGGUGUAAUGAAAGCCAAAACGGAACUCUUGGAGAUGAUUAAGAAAUUAGAGAACGAAAACGAAAAAGAUGUUGUAAUAGAUCAUCGUUUUUAUCGCAGUAUUAUCGGCAAUAAAGGAGAUAAUAUUAAAGAGAUUAGAGAUAAAUUUAAUCAAGUACAAAUCGUAAUUCCUAGUCCAGGCGAGAAAGGGGAUAUCGUUAAAAUUAGGGGACCCAAAGAAGAUGUUGAUAAGUGCCAUAAAUAUUUGAUGAGACUUGUGAAAGAAUUGAAUGAAAACAAUCAUGUAUUAGAAGUUCCCAUUUUCAAACAAUUUCAUAAAUUUGUAAUUGGAAAGGGUGGUGUUAAUAUCAAGAAGAUACGAGAAGAAACACAAACGAAAAUUGAUUUACCUGCGGAAGGUGAAAAAAGUGAUGUUAUUACCAUUACUGGAAAGAAAGAAAACGUAGAAAAAGCUAAAGAAAUGAUACAAAAGAUACAAAAUGAAAUGGCAAAUAUUGUGAUCGAUGAAAUAACAAUACCACCAAAGUUCUAUAAUUUCUUAAUUGGAACUGGCGGUAAAUUAAUACAUUCUAUUAUGGAAGAUUGUGGUGGUGUAACAAUUAAAUUUCCUACUGCUGAAAGCAGAAGUGAUAAGGUGAGUAUCAGAGGUCCAAAAGAGGACGUAGAGAAAGCAAAACAACAAUUGUUAGAACUCACUAAUGAGAAACAACUUACGAGUUAUUCUGUUGAAGUUCGUGCCAAAAUUCAACAUCACAAAUUUCUUAUUGGAAAAAAUGGUGCCAAUAUCAAAAAGAUAAGAGAAUCUACAGGUGCCCGUAUUAUUUUUCCAACUGAAGAAGAUCAAGACAAGGAAGUUAUUACUAUUAUGGGUAAAAAAGAGGCUGUAGAGAAAGCUAAAGUUGAAUUGGAAGCAAAUAUCAGCGAAAUUGAUAACAUUACUGAGGGUGAAAUACACAUUGACCCUAAACAUCAUAGACAUUUUGUAGCAAGAAGAGGAGGUGUUUUGCAUCGUAUUGCUGACGAAUGUGGUGGUGUACAAAUUUCUUUUCCAAGAGCAGGUGUUGAUAGCGACCGCGUAAUUCUUAAGGGAUCACAUGAAUGUAUUGAAGCAGCAAAACAACGAAUGCAAGAAAUUGUUCGAGAAUUAGAAUCCAUGGUAACAGUAAACUGCAUAAUACCUCAAAAACAUCAUCGUACUGUAAUGGGAGCUAAAGGCCACAAAGUUCAAACUAUUGUGUCUGAAUAUGACGUGCAAAUUAAAUUCCCUGAUCGUGAUAUAUUUGAGAAACAUCACAUUACUGAAAAAAUAGAUGGUGAGGAUGGAGAACUUUCAGACGUUCUUGUAUGUAAUAUAAUUCGUAUUACUGGACAACCAGAAAAUGUAGCUGCUGCUAAACAAGCACUACUCGAUCUUGUACCUAUAACAAUCGAGGUACCAGUACCAUUUAAUUUUCAUCGUUCGAUUAUUGGUCAGAAAGGUCGUGAUGUACGAGAAUUAAUGAAUAUGUAUGAUGUUCGUAUUAUGUUAUCACCUGCAGAAGAAAAACUUGAUUAUAUAAAGAUUUCUGGAACACCAUCGUGUGUAGAAAAUGCAAAACAAGCAAUUCUUGAAAAGUGUAAAUCUCUGGAAGCUGAUCGUCAGGAGAGAGCACUUAAAUCUUUUGAAUUAAAGAUCGAAAUUGAUCCAGAAUACCAUCCGAAAAUAAUAGGUCGUAAAGGGGCCGUUAUUAGCAAAAUACGUAGUGAUCAUGAUGUUCAAAUAAAUUUCCCUCGCAAAGGUAAUCCAGAAGAGCAUAUCAUUACUAUUACUGGUUACGAAAAAAAUGCUUAUAGUGCGCGUGAUGAUAUAACAAAGAUAGUUAAUGAAUUGAAUCGAUUAACAAAAGAAGAGGUACAUAUAAAUGCUGCUGUACAUUCACGCUUGAUUGGUUCAAAAGGCAGAAAUAUUCGUAAAAUAAUGGACGAAUACAAAGUGGAUAUUAAAUUUCCACGAAAAACUGAUCCUGACCCUAAUAUUGUUACAAUAAAGGGAGCAGAAGAAAAUGUUGCUCAAGCUAAGGAUCAUCUUCUAAACUUAGAAGAAGAAUACAUGCAAGAUGUAUUAGAAAAUGAAUAUCGCGAAAAUCUUCGUACACCUCACCACUAUGAUGGAGGUUUAACUAACAAUGUAAGUGAGUCUGGUUUUAUUGUGAAAGGAGGUCCUUGGGAACAGCAAAGGCAACAGAAUGCUCCAAAUACUGCGAGUGUUGAAGAGUUUCCACAAUUUGCUGGAUAUUCUCAUGUACCAAUUGUAGCUCCUGAUGGUCCUUGGGGUGUUAAACGUUAAGAAUUAUUUCUAGAAAAUCAUUGUAAGGUAAUUUUCCUCUGACAAACAGUAUAAAAGUAUAUACGCCCUCCUGGGUGGUUCCCUAUUCCAUUACUGAUGUUGCUGCAUACGACCUGGCCACUCUAUUGGACUUUGACACUGGUUUGCUACAUAACGUUUGACGAUGAUGUUUAUAUUUACAAUUCACACACCAAUGUCCUAUGUAUCUGUAACUGCAAUGCAAGACAUUAUAAUUUUGUUGCCACGUUAGCAUAUACAUUGAGAUACAGGAAGCACAUGAUUUUAUACACAAUGAAAUGUGUAGCCUUGUAACUAUUUUGUUGAUAUGCCUUUCAGGUACAGAUAUGUUGUACUUAAGGCUGUGGGUUCUUAGAAGGUAGUCUUUUGUGUAUUAUAUAAUUCUCAGAUUGUCUAUUCAUUUAGAUUGUGUGAGUGAGCUUUUCACUCUGUCUGGCAUAAUAUUUUGUUAAUUUAUUUAUAUUUUUGUAUAUAAAUUGCUUCUUUUUGUUGUGUUAAACUUUAAUGAAAUCAAUUUUAAACCACAUCAUGAUAUUAGAAACUAUGGAAAAAUAUAUGCGUAUCAAGAAGCUUUAAGGUCUUUCUAAGGAAAACGUUCCUGGAUCUUAUUGUAAUUUCAUACUUUGUUACCUAGUUGAUAGGGUUGCUCUCUGCAUCCCUAAAUUCCGAUAUAUUAUACAAAAAGUUAAUGAGAGAGAAUGUAACACUACUCUAACUGGUUUUGCUUGAAAGCUUUAAAGAUAAUAUUGUGCGUUGGAGGAACAAUCUUUAGAAAGCCUUGACACGCACGUGCGCUCUUUUAUAGCCACUGAAAUAUGAGAUGCAGAAUCGCCGUUGUUAAGAAUCGUCAAUUUUGUAGGUCAAAGAAGGUAUAAAAUACAUUUCGUUAGAAGACUUUAUUUAUUUAUUCAUCACUUAAUGUAUCAUGUGCAAACCUGCAUUCUACUAUUUCUGAGGCCAACUAGCUAAGAAAAAAAUAUUCGGUUCAAGUGCCUUGUCUAUUUUCUUCAAGACAGCUCAUUUCAAUUGUUAGAGGAAUUUGAAUAUUAGAAAAAAGUCUCGCGUGCUCUCGCGCGCCAGAGGGAGAGAGAGAGACAUAUAUUGAUAAUAACUAUAAUAAUAAAUAUAAUCAAUGUAUAACAGGUACCACAUAAGUACAUAAUACUACUAUUACAAGGACGAUAAUAGGAGUAUUAUGUAUGCAGAAAUUCACUUAUAUUUUUUAGAUUUACAGUACUUUUUAUAAGCUUACUUGGUAUAGCGACCUAUGUCAUCCCCAGUGCAUGGUUAAAUGUAAGAAAGCAAGAAUUAGCAAAUCUUAACAUACUUAGUUUGGCAUAAGAGUUUGAUAGAAGCUGUGCAUGAAUAUACUUUUUCUAAUGAGUUAUAAAUAUAAAAAUUGUAAUUAUUACAUUCUCUGUACACAUAGAUAAAUAAUGUCAAAACACGUGAAUUUUAUUGUAAGAAUAUACUACAUAACUGAUUUAUUGUUA